AUGCAAGUGCGUGCGAGGCGUAAAAGAUGCGACGAUGCUGAUCGAUGCCCCAUAUGCGGAGAGGUGGUGGCAACGUCAGAAACCAGUCGACAUUUCGCCAAAGAAGCUGCUGAACUGGAAGAACAAUUCAUAAAGCUCAAAUCUGAAUUUGGUGCGGUCGAUCUCAAAUCUGAGGUUUGUAAGGAGAAAGAGCAGAACAUCGAGGGCCGCUACGAGGUGUACGCGCGCAUCAAGAGCAAUCGCGAGAAUCGCUUGAAAGCCAAACUCGUCUACUGGAAAACCUUCCACGAGCCGUGCUCUUCGUACACAGCGGCGAAAAAUGACGAAGAUACAGUAAGUGAUGCGCUGACUUGCCCCCCCCCGCCUACCUCCCACUCGUCGCUUGACCCUUCGUGCUGUUGUCACCUGUCGUACUUCAGUAACGCGCACCACUGA